UGGCAGUGGAUUCGAUGUCCAAUGGGUAUCUGCAACGCCCCCGAGACCUUCCAGCGAGCCAUGAACAUGACUUUUCAGAAUUUCGUGCGGAAGACUCGUUUGGCGCAGAGCAUCAUCAACUACUGCGUGAUCAUGUACAUGGAUGACAUCUUGGUGUACUCGAGUUCCUACGAGGGACACGUGCAGCACAUCGAAUGGGCACUGCACGCGUUACGAGAUGCGGGUUUCAAAGUGGCGCUUGAGAAGUGUCAGUUUUUCCUCACCACCAUUUCCUUCCUGGGGCACAUGGUGACAGACAAGGGACUCCAGCCGCAGCCGCAGAAGGUGGCAGCUGUCAGGUAUGCGCCGGUACCUAUAACUAUCUUGCAAGUUCGCGCCUUUCUGGGCCUGGCCUCGUACUACCGAAGAUUUAUCAAGGGCUUCGCGGCGAUUGCGGGACCCCUCACGAAUCUGCUGCGCAAAGAUCAGCCGUUGAUCUGGACGCCGGAAUGCGAUCAAGCGUUUUCCAAACUUAAGGCUGCUCUCAUUUCGGCUCCGGUCCUUAUAAGAUCGGAUCCCGAAAAGCCUUUUGUUCUCAUCAUUGACUGGCAGCCAGAGGCAAUUUCGGCGAUCCUUGCCCAAGUGGGACCAAGCGGACUCGAGAGUGUGGUGGAGUAUGCAUCCAAACCGGUGCCCGCUUGCAAGCGCAACUACGCCGCUCCAACGGGGGAAUGCUACGCGGCUCGCUGGGGAAUCAGCCACUUUCGCGCUUACCUAUACGGGCAAAAGUUCACUUUGCUAACUGAUCAUGAACCCCUGUUGGCUCUGAAGAAAUCGAAGGAUUACUCGGGCAUGAUCGGGCGAUGGGCAACGGUGCUGCAGAGCAUGGACUUUGACAUUCGUCAUCGGAAGCACGAGAGACACGAGAAUGCAGACGGACUGACGCGACUGCACCGGCCUGAGAAAGUUCCGAAGAGUGAGGAGGUGAUUCCGUGGAACGAACCCGAACAAGAGAUCGGACCUCGGUAUGGCCAAGUGGAGAUCCUGUCGAAGCCAGUACAGGUGACGUGGACGCAGACCAGCGAGCAUCCUGCGUGGGUCGGAAAUCCGGAGCUGUUGAUCAUCCAAGCUUGGAGGACUAACGUUGCACAGGAGCUCAUCGCGCCGAUCGUGCAGUUGGCGGACGAUCUCUCGCCCGACAUCUAUUCACAGAGUGACGACAAUCCUUCUCCGCACGUUCUCGAGCGGUCGUUGGAUCCAUGUCUUCAGUGGACUGCGUGCUUGGAGGAGCCCAGGGACGAAGAUACGCUGCCGUCGCGGCAGGAGUAUCUGAAGCCGUACGAUAUCAUCCCUCACGCAUUCUAUCCGAGGGCAGAGGAAGUGGUGGUCGACGACGAUGAUGACGAGGAGGACGAAGACGAGGAAACAUCGGAGGAGGGAAGCUAUAGCGAAUAUAGCGAGGGCGAGCUGAGUGAAGGAGAAGAGGAGGAAGAAGAAACCGGAUCAAAGUGGGAAGCCUUGUCGAGGGAAGCGACGCGCACGGAAACAGAGGCGGAAGAUCCGGAAGCGGCGCGAAAGCGCGAAGAAAUUGUCACCGGGAAGCGCCAACUGGCGUUCGCCAGCUAAGCCAGCCUGCACAUCGGCAACGAUCCAACCAGGGAUCCGGAGCCGCCAAAGCCUGA